AUGGCAUCCCCUCUCGAACCUUCACCCAUCGCCAGCACCAACGGGCAAGCAACUUGGACCACGGCAGGUGCUACCGACACCGGUCCAGCCCUCUCAGCCCUCGAGGUCGUCAACCCUCCUUCGGCCGCCGAAGCCGCUGCCGCCUCAGCAGACGCGACGUCCUCCCCGCCCGAUGCUGAGCCGGAAGGCCCCGAAAUCACUAUCGAGGGCUGGGGCACGCUCAAGCCCUCCCACCCUCUGAUCAAGUUCCACAAGCGCCUGCCCGCCAUCGUCGAAGCCUCGAGACACAGGCUGAUCUGGGGUGUAACCCUAAACCCCACGACGCCGACAUUUUCCACAAUGCUCAUCCUGCAGAAGUGGCUGCGCUCCGUCGCUGGCGACCUAGACGCUGCCGCAGCUGCACUGGAGAGCACGCUGACGUGGCGGCGUGAGUUUGGGCUCGAUGGCGCCAAGCCGAUCUGGGAGGAGACGUUUGAGGGCUUUGACGGGCUCGGAUACGUCACCCACCUCUCGUCAGGUGAAGUCGUUACUUGGAACCUGUAUGGCUCGAUCAAGAACCUCGGUGAGACGUUCGGUGAUCUUGACAAAUUCAUGCGUUGGCGCAUCGGGCUGAUGGAGCGCGCAAUGUCGCACUUGGACCUGGCCCACACCACCAAGGGCAUCCCCGAUGUUGGCGCGGGUCCCGACCCCCACCGCCUCCUCCAAGUCCACGUGUACACUGGCGUGUCGUUCCUGCGCCUUGACAGCCGUGUCAAGACGGCCAGUAAGAAGGCCAUUGAAGUCAUGGCCGCGCACUACCCCGAGACGCUAGCGCGCAAGUUCUUCGUCGGCGUACCCGUCCUCAUGAGCUGGGUAUUUGCCGCCGUGCGCGUGUUUGUGAAUGCUGAGACCGCCCGCAAGUUUGUGGUCGUGAGCUAUGAGGAGACCGUGGCGAGCGAGAUGGGGGACAAGGGGGUGCCGAAGCGCUUUGGAGGGAGUGCAGGAGAGUUGGACGAGCUCGAUCGCAAGGCGCAGGCCGAGGCGGACAAGCUUGCGACAAAGGUGCCAGAGCCUCCACACGAGGCGUAG